AUGGCAACGUCUUCACCUAAUAAAGAGAAAAUCAAUGCUUCGGUACCGAAACCGACACAUUCAAUACUGAGAAAGACUAACGGAGGCGUGAUUGAUCAUUUAGCCCUUUCCGAGUCGUUGGGUUAUCACAUUUUCAGAAAAAGUAAGCGCAGAACGUGGAGUAUUACAGAAGAUAACAUUCUAAAGGAUGCAGUGAUCGAUUCCUUCUUGGAAAAUGAGCAUUUGGAAAAAUAUAACAAAGAAGAUAUUAAAGUUGAGAAGAUAAACUGGUCUCGGAUAAGCUCGAAGUUACCUUCGAGAAAGCCCAAGGAGUGCAGAAAGAGGUGGACGUCAUCACUGAAUCCUUGUCUACGAAAGGGUAAAUGGACGUCAGGAGAAGAUGCACAGCUUAUUACAGCAUACAAGCAGUAUGGAUCAUCAUGGCAGAAGGUUGCUUCAGAGAUUCACGGAAGAAACGAGGAUCAGUGCGCUAAGAGGUAUACUGAGGUGCUUAACACUAGUACAGAGGAUAGGCUCAAGCAGUGGAAUAUGGAUGAAGAUCUCAAGUUGAUUCAUGGAGUAAGAAAGUACGGUACCAAGUGGAGGAUGAUCUCCAAAACAAUUUCUGGACGUCCCAGCUUAACAUGUCGUAAUCGUUGGAGGAGAAUAAUGACAGAUGUGGGUAGAAACAGUGCCAGUAAGGAUAUAAUGAAGGCUGUGGGUGUGUUAGAUAGUAAGGGAAAUCCUCUCUUCACAUUUGUUUCUGGUGAUGGGAAUACCGAUUCUGACAAGAGAGAGAUCAAAAAACGGAAAGCUGAUCAGGAUCAGAGUGAGGUAGCUUUUGAGGAAAAAUCGGAUCAUACUGUAGGUUCUACCUCUGGCUUUACUCAUGGUGUUUCGGUGUCAGGUUCUCCUUCCUAUAAUAGUCCUACAUCGACAUCCAGUUCUAGUUCGACUCCUGCCAUGAAUUUUAUGGGCCAUAGAAUUACACAGCCAUCGCGCUCGUACACGGAAUGGCGGUUUGCGCUUAUGAAUCCACGAACUAAUGAAGAGGUUUCCCAAUUUUCUGGUCCGAUUGCUACACAAGAUCUUGCCCAUCGACUAAUUGAGCUAGCAAAGUACAAUGGGGUCAGCCUUACCAUUCAUCAGCAUAUUCAUCAUCAUUACUCACCUUCUUCACCAGUUUUAGAUCCACAAGCAUCUGUGACUCGGUUCUCUCAUUUCAAUUACUUGCCUCCUUUGACCGAAGUGCCGAAAUUAACUUCUUCUUCUCCUGAAAAUGUCGGAUCUCCUAAUUCUUCGCACAGAACUCCUGGUUCCGCAGCAGGUGAAUCAAGUCUACUGAGAUUGCUUAAUACAGAUAAGGCGGAAUAUCAAGGGACUGUCCAUGAUGGGAGCAUGACGGAAGACGAUCCUGAGUCCUCGGAUCUUGUUCCUGAAAGACAGCAAUUAGCAUCGUCACAACAACAACAACAGCAACAACAGCAGCAAAAGCAAGGUCGGGAACAGGAUCAAGUGUCAAGUGUUUUACCUGUUCUCCAUCCUGCCCUCUCUUCUUCUCGGCAGAUUUCUAAAGAUUUACCAGAUGUUGGUUUCCAUCAUACAAGGAGUAACUCUGCCAACGAAAAGGUUAAUCCAAUAAAAUUUGGCAGAAUUAACGGUCUGAAAGGCUACAUUGAUGGUGUAGACAGUGCAAACGGUGAUGAUGUUGACGAGGAAGUCGAUUUCUGGGAGACUUUGCAAUCGAUUGCUCAUCCGAAACCACAAAGUGGAAGACCAGUAUCGCAGCAUCAUCCGUUGCAUUAUUUUGAAGCUGCCGAAAGUGGACCAUUUUCUCCCAAUGGCGUGAACAAUCAAGCCGUAACGUCAGGAAAUGCAAAUGAGGGUACCGACGCUUCAAAUGGUUCAACCAAUCAAGGAAGGGACAAUAAUACUAGGGCUAAGGUGGGAACAAUAGAGAACAAGUUUGGUGAUCUAUACUCGAAUGAAGUCGAGGAGGAGGAGGAAAUGGAAAGCUAUGCUAAUCAGUACGGAAUGUAUUACAACGUGUUUGCAAACAAGGGGGGUGCAGCGUCAAGCAAAGGUCCUGGAACCGAUAAUAGCAGCUUUGGAUAUGUGAUGCCUUUCAAUCCGUCCUAG